GGUUGGGACAUAAGCAAGUGAUCAACUCCUGAUUGAAGCUGGUGUUUUGCUUUUCAUCACCUCAAAAUUCUUCAUCUCUUUAUUAUUUCAAACUUUUUUUGAAGUUUCAAACCAACACUUUCAUAAUACAUGCCACUUGUUCUCAUCUAAUGUAGAUUAAUCUACAUUACUUUGAUGGAACCUCUAUGGAAAAGAAGGCUUAAACCACAUCAUUACCACAGGAUUACCUUGCCAGCCCUACAUCUGCAUGACCCAGCUAAAGGUCUCAAACACAUUAAGAAAUUCCACAAAUGAACUCUUGAUGAGGCAUAUCUGUUAGUGGUCAAAAUUGGGGAAUUUCUUUGAGAACGAAAAAGAUGACCUUGCAUUCUCACUCACCAAGGGCUAAUUUCUUAUGUUAAUGUGUUGCACAUAGCAGGCUCCAUCUGAGGCGGAUAGUGAAAGUAUCUUCACCUUUUCAUACACCACAUUGAGCUCUUCAGGUCACCUGUUUUUGGGGAACAUGAGUCACUGUAUCUUCUUAUGAUGAAGCAAAAUCUCAUCUUAAUGUCACUUCUUAAUGACCAAAGUAAAGAAUCAAAACAUCUCUUUGACAAGAUCAAAAUGGUCAUUUCUUCACAAUUUUGGUCUUGCUGGCUUCACUUAUCACUCUGUCCUAAUUACACUAUUAUAAAAAAAAAAAAAGAGUUGGGUCUUCAGACAUUCUUAGCCCAGUUCCCUAGUUCCCAAAAUUCCCUAAAUUACCAUAAGCUGAAAAGCCAAUUUCAGGUCCACAGAUGAAGAGAAAUUGGCACAGUUGUAGUAAAAAAGAGCUUGAUCUGGCAUGUUUACUCAAGUGUUUCUCUACCUUUACAUUGGCGCCUCACCCUACUCUUCACUCUUAUAUGGGAGAUGUGUCUCUUCUCUACUCCUCUAUAUCUGCCCGUCAGUCUCCCUGUUCUCUAUCCUACCCCUCACCAAAGAAAAUGAUGCAGAGAGAGGACAUGAAGUGAGGAGUGUAGAAGUGAGGAGGACUCAGUUUAUCUUCCCUCAAUGUGGUUUCCUGUUUGUAGGUGGGAGGAUGCUGAGACAGUUGUAACAGAAAACACACACACAUAUACUGCAGCCUUGAGGUGUCACCGUUACAUCCCAUGGCUGCUUCAAGGUGUUUGUGUGAAACUUAGUCUCUGACAUUUUGCUGUUCUGCACUGCAGGCUUCUUUUACAGUUUCCACCAGCACUUUAGGUUUGCAUUUGAAAGAGGGCGGUUUGAUCAACCCACACAGUCUGAGAAAGAGUGAACUUAGGUCCUAGCUAGUUGGCUGGUGAGUCAACCUCUGCAGAAGUUAGUCACAUACUUACACUUGAACUUUAAAACAUAAUGUGUUUUUAACUUUUGUAUGUUCUGAACCUUUGGUGCUUCCAUCCUUUGGUCCUAUUGUUCAUCAAGAAGGUGAUGGAGAGGACCUGAUAGCAGGAGAUGAACCAAAAACCUCGACUCAGGAGGUGAUUGGGUGCAGUGAUGACGGAGGUGUAGAGCCAGUGACACAAAGUGAGGGAGGAAACAAGCAAGUAGGUCGCUGAGGGUGCAGAUCAGACGUUAGAUCAGACACCAGGAGGGAGAAGAGAGUAAAAAGAGAAGAAGCAAGGGAACAAGUCUUCAAAUAUGAGGAAAGCUUUGUUAGCAUAAUUGCCUCAUGCAGACCAGAUACUGUAAAUGGAAACAAGCUGCUGGCCCCUGAACACCACUCUCCAUUCCAGGACAACCGUCUCUCCAGUCACAGUUUGUUUUCAGGUGUAGGUAAGUCUUCCAACAUUUUACAGCCUGAACUCUGACUUUUGGACAGCGGAGGGACCUCACCUCAGUUCAGUUCUAGCAUUAGCUAGAUGUGGAGUUGUUGAAACUGAGCACCAAGUUGGACUUUUGUCAAUCUCAAACUGAAGCCUAGAAAACAAAAUAUAGUACGGCCGCACGCUCCCUGUUAAAACUAGACCUCUCAAGGAAACUACUUUUACCAUCAGCAGGUACAUAGAUAACAAAACAACAGGAUCAAUGAAAGUCAUUGAGACUGCUUAGCUGUAGAAUUUUAAGUGCCACCAGUAUAUUUUAACCAUCAAAGAAGUCUUUCCCUUUAACUUUGUAUGACAAAAGACACUUUGAAACUCUAUGCUGACCUUUGUUACUGUGCCUCUGCUGGAAAGCUGGCAUCAGUAGAUGGAACAAGUCAUGAAGGCAACAACUAUGAAGAAAACACCAACAUUACACAUUAAGUUUGUUUCUGAGUCUCUUUUUGUUGAGUGUACUCAUAGCUUAAGUUCACUAUGGCUAGUCUAGUUUCUGUACUUAAAUUUUAGCCAAAUACCCCUUUAAUAGACAUAAACACGUACAUCAUUUAAUCUCUGCAGAUCCUGCUACUCUAACCUUAGGUGUAAAACGCUAAAGGAAAGCUAACAUACAGACAAGCAAGCACCUUGAAUCAAGCUAGACUAAAAAUCCAUCCAGCUGCCCCUCUCCUAGCUUUGUUUUGAACCAAAAAGUGUCAAAAAUCACUUGUUUAAACCAUAAUAGCUUGGUUUUGUGUAAUACCUGAGGCUUAACCUUCAAAAACAUGACAGUGGUGGCAUUCUGCUAGCUUGGGCUGAUGCUACAUCCUCUGCUGGCCGCACAACGUUGCUCAGCACUUAAAGCCAGCAGCAGCCAUGAUAGUUAGCACUGUGCAGGCUUUUGACUUUGGAGGGGAACUAUUUUUUCCCUACAGGACCAAUACAUUUUAAUAUCCAUAAGAAAAAAAUCUGACUUUAAAUGAACAAAAAAAAGCUGUUCGAAGUAUCCAAACUGUUGUUCAGAGAUGUGCCACCCUGCUUUAAGCACUUUCUUCUCCUGGUUGAGCCUGAUAAGAUGGCUGCCAGAUACAGAAACAAGAUUAGGGUUUAUUUUAAAUUAUUAUUUUAUUUAUUGCCCCUGCUGGUAGGCUAUAUGGGUCAUCUGGUGGCUUCAGGGUGAACACUAAAAACCACAAUGUCCCCUUUUCAUAUCUGGCUCACAACCUUUCGUCAUUUUUGCCUCUGUCUCUGACUUUCCUUUCAUUUCCUGUCAACUCUCUUCUGCUGACAGAAUUAACACGUCCAUUAAACAGUAGCCUAUGUGGAGGAAAAUAUGGGUAAAGCAAAUACCAGAUAACUAACAGUAAAAGAAAAAAAGGGAGAGGUUGCCAGUCCUAAACCCACUUUGGCCUCUAAAAUAUCCAACCACGACCAUCAACCAUAAACAGGUUUCAAUUUGUGGCCUCUGUCCUGUGACCCAUGUGUCUAUGAGCAACUGAUUCAACUGAUUGAAAGCCCAUAGUCAGGCAUUAUUUUUUGCCAUGUUGUUUUUCUAGGCCAGAAGUAACUGUAAUUAAAUAAAAGCACAAUAGGCUUAGCUACAACUCAACUCUGUGGAUGGGUCAAACAGCUUGAUAAAUGAAGGCAGUUUUUCCCUGAAGUACACCAAUUUCUAGCAGCCUAAUUUGCUAAAUUGUGUUAAUUGUCUCACUGCUUUCUAUACAUUGGACCUGUUUUUGCAACCACUGGGGUUGCCCCCUGGCUGAACUGUGGAACCAGCUGAUUGUGCUGCAUCAUCAGUUGCUGUUUUAAAAAAAUAUAUUGUUCACUUUUGUGCAUCGUCUUUUACACUGCUUGGCAGUAUCAUCAUCAUCAUCAUCAUCAGGUCUCUUGCUCGGCGACGGGGACGGCGCCAUGCGUAGAGCCAAUCAGUUUCACCAGUCUUCUCCAUUGAGGUCGGUCCAGUGCUAGGGGUUCGGCUGCGGCAAGCGACAGGCCCAGUUGGUGUAGGUCCCUGGUGACGACAUCAAUCCAUCGUGUGUGGGGGGCACCACGGGGGCGUUUCCAGCCGACAGCUUUGGGUUGGAAGUGGAGGAUAGCGUGAGUAGGAUGUUCUGGGGGGAGUCUCCUGAUAUGGCCGUACCAGCGCAAUCGACGCUGUGCUGCCAGUUGGGAGGCAGGGGGCUGUUGUGUCAGUUCCCUCAGUGUGAUGUUGGAGACCCUAUCUGGCCAUUUAAUGCCCUCUAUUGAGCGCAGUGCUCUGGUGUCAAAGCCAUCUAUUCUGGCAGCCAGGGUCUUGUUGAGUGGCCAUGUUUCAGCUCCGUAAAGGAGGAUGGAGAGGACUGAGGUGUUGUAGAUCCUUAGUUUGGUUGCUCUUGAUAUGGAGUGGUGUCUCCACAGCGGCUUCCAGAGUGUUUUCAUGGCGCUGGCUGCCAGGGCGCGUCUCCGGUUUAUUUCAGUUAUGAUGUUGCCGUUGUUGGUGAUGAUGGACCCAAGGUAGAUAAAGGAGGUCACAAACUCAACCUCCUCUCCACUGAUAUGCAGAGGUGGGGGGGGUGUCACCUCCGAUGUGCAUCAAUUUUGUUUUGGGCCAGCUGACCCUCAGGCCCAGUUUGUUGGAUUCCUCUUGGUAGAUUUCCAAGGCUUCUUUUAACUGGUCAAGAGUGGAGCAGAAUAGUGUUAGUCCAUGAGCCGGACCAGAUGUCGGUACCACUUGGGUGGGCAAAACCUUACAUAUACUAAAUUGUUUUUAGGGUCAAUAUAAGUAAAUUAAAAUAUGAUAGACUUUUCAUAGGGGUAGCUUUUGAUAUUUUUUCUCAUUUUGUUAUUUUCCUCAAUAGGCGAAUUUUUGUUAACUCCAAAAGCAACACAGAAAGUCAAAAGCACAUUAAAAGUCACACUCUUUUUGGGUCACACUGCUCUUUUCUAUAAAUGAAUCAAACCUGUGUCUAAUUAAAUGAGUUGAUGAAGUGGGAGUGGCCCAAUUUGAUGGUGAAGCAGUUCUUUCAGGUAUCAUAGCACUUGAGCCAAGAACCAAAAUUUCACAUAUCAGUACCACCUGGGUGGGCAAAUUCUAGUUGUGAUUUUUUUAUUGCUAUACAUCCCUACAAUAAGUUUUUAUAUGAUAGACCUUGGUAACUGGUAGCUUUAUUGUAGUUAUCACUCAUUGAAGUAAUAGAGUGCAGCUGUUCAAAAAUGAAAAAUCGCCUUCCUUCAAAAUUAGCUUUCUUUCAUUUUAACCUCUCAUUUAGGUGUGUUUGAACUAUUGGCUAGCCAUAGAGACUUGUAAUAACCCCCUAAGUAGUAUUUCAAGUAAUUUAUCUAAUACAGGUGUGUAUAUAUAAGCUUCAAUUAGCCAAUUGUCAGGUCUAAAUCAAGGUCUAAAUUAAGGAUAUUUUUUGACUUAGAAGUAGAAGUAAAGUAAAUGCAGACUAAUAGCAUUAUAAUAACACAACUUUAAUAUGACACUGACAUAUUUUAAAUGCAGGAACUCAAUAUACAAUCAUCCUGGCUGGUGCAGGGCAAGAAGACAUUAGCAACAAAAUAAGAUCUACUGAUGUAUACACUCUAUACAAUCAUCUGAGAAAAACUCCAAUUCCUAUUCAAAGUCCUAUUCUUUCCAUAAGGAACAGUGACAGCAAAUAUGACUGUCAAGUUUUGGCUUAGUACAUAAUACUGUCACUGAGUCACAGUGGGUCUGUUAACAUAGCUCCCUUUGGUCAUCACUCAUUAAUCAACAUCAGUAAUCGACAUCAGUAUCUGUAUCUUCUUCUACAUCUGAAUCUGCCGGUGUGCAAGGGGCUCUUCCUCACUGUACUGGUUGGCACAAGUUUGUAAUUUGCACAGGUUUGUGCACUUCAGCCCAUUGCUGAGACAUGUGCAGUCUGGUGGUUUGCAUGUCCUCACACACUUGCAGGAUAGUAACUGCAAGACCGAAGAAGUAAAGUAAAUGCAGACUGAUAGCAUUAUGAUAACACAACUUUAAUAUGACACUGACAUAUUUUCAAUGCAGGAACUCAAUAUACAAUCAUCCUGGCUGGUGCAGGGCAAGAAGACAUUAGCAACAAAAUAAGAUCUACUUAUGUAUACACUCUAUACAAUCAUCUGAGAAAAACUCCAUUCCUCCACCAAGAACUUGAUGAGACUGGCUUUAUUGGCAGGGCUGCAGAGAACUUUCCUCCACUGCUGAAUAUUGUGGACAGAAACAAUGUUUCUGAACUGGAUCCCCAUGUCUGCACCUCUGUUUAGUCUUUCUGAAUUUUAUAUUGACAUGUCCUUGUAAACGUCAAAGACAACGUCAGUCCUUUCACUAUCACCACCUUCAUGCAGGACCUUGGCUAAAGUUGAGUCCAGCCAGCUUACACCAUGUCAGGAUUGCGUAUUAAUGCAUUUGAUUCGUGCCAACUACCAGGCUGCUAUCUGGAGACGGUCUCUUCAUACCAAGCCAUCUGUACCAAGCCCCAAGGACCAUGCGUGGACCAUAAAUGACGAAGGGCAGCUAGAAAACAGUGGAUGCGUGGUUCCCCAGCACCAGAUGCGGUCUUGCAGUUGCUAUCCUGCAAGUGUGUGAGGACAUGCAAACCACCAGACUGCACGUGUCUCAGCAAUGGGCUGAAGUGCACAAACCUGUGCAAAUUACAAACUUGUGCCAACCAAUACAGUGAGGAAGAGCCCCUUGUACACCCGGCAGAUUCAGAUGUAGAAGAAGAUACAGAUACUGAUGUCGAUUACUGAUGUUGAUUAAUAAAUGAUGACCAAAAGGAGCUAUGUUAACAGACCCACUGUGACUCAGUGACAGUAUUAUGUACUAAGCCAAAACUUGACAGUCAUAUUUGCUGUCACUGUUCCUUAUGGAAAGAAUAGGACUUUGAAUAGGAAUUGGAGUUUUUCUCAGAUGAUUGUAUAGAGUGUAUACAUCAGUAGAUUUUAUUUUGUUGCUAAUGUCUUCUUGCCUUGCACCAGCCAGGAUGAUUGUAUAUUGAGUUCCUGCAUUUAAAAUAUGUCAGUGUCAUAUUAAAGUUGUGUUAUUAUAAUGCUUUUAGUCUGCAUUUACUUUACUUCUACUUCUAAGUCAAAAAAUAUCCUUAAUUUAGACCUUGAUUUAGACCUGACAAUUGGCUAAUUGAAGCUAUAUAUACACACCUGUAUUUGAUAAAUUACUUGAAAUACUACUUAGGGGGUUAUUACAAGUCUCUAUGGCUAGCCAAUAGUUCAAACACACCUAAGUGAGAGAUUAAAAUGAAAGAAAGCUAAUUUUGAAGGAAGGCGAUUUUUCAUUUUUGAACAGCUGCACUCUAUUACUUCAAUGAGUGAUAACUACAAUAAAGCUACCAGUUACCAAGGUCUAUCAUAUAAAAACUUAUUGUAGGGAUGUAUAGCAAUAAAAAAAUCACAACUAGAAUUUGCCCACCCAAGUGGUACCGAUAUGUGAAAUUUUGGUUCUUGGCUCAAGGACUAUGUGGUGUCGUCUGCGUAUUCCAGAUCUGUGAGCUUGGCAGUACCUGUGUCCAAAUGGACUUGAAGCACUUACUGAACUUGUUUCCUCUUGUCUUGCUCUUUGCUUGUGUUGUUCUUGUAUGUAAGAAUAAUAAUAAGAGCUUUAUUUAUCCCCGAAGGGAAAUUCAAUAAUGCAUAUGCUUCACCUUGGAUAAAAGGGUCUACAAAAUGACAUUGUAACAUUGUAACAUCGGCAUGAAAUUUUUGCGUGUUGCCAAUUCAAAGCAAGAUUCCUGGUAUUUACACGAUAGUCCUCGUCAUCAGUGUGUAAUGCACCAUUUGGGGAUGGUGUCUUUCCGCAUCUGAUGUGACAUCAGGUGGUGGUAACAACAGAGCAUACAAGGCAGGACAGUGCUAUUUGUGUGUGUGUGUGUGUGUGUGUGUGUGUGUGUGUGUGUGUGUGUGUGUGUGUGUGUGUGUGUGUGUGUGUCUCCUACAGUGUGUUUACACAUCAUACCUCUUGCACCUUUGCAAUGCCAUAGCACAAUUAGAAAUCUCAUAUGCUAAUAUUACAUCGAAACUUGUCGCAUUGCCAUUGCUGAGAUGCUUCAUGUGUAGAGCUGUAGAUGGUAACAAAUUCCCCUUUGUAUGCAAGGAGAGCAUGAGAGAGUUAACUAUAAUCAAACAGACAUCAUACUUUGUUUUUGCAGGUCCAAUGUACUCCCCAGUAAAAAUUCAAGUGGAGGCUGAAUAUUAAAAUAAUUAAUGGGUCUACGUCAAUCAACUCUAAAAUCAGUUUUAUCCUCAAUGAAUGGCCUUGUCUCAACUCAAAGUGCCUUUUUUCAGAGCCAUGAAGCCUUGCCCAAACCAGACCAGACUGAUUGUUGUACAACCACAUGCUCUGAGUGCUGAUGACAUACUGUACAUGCAGGAACAAAUGAUUCAGUCUGAUCUUUUCAUUUUUAAAAAAUCUAAUGUAGCUCAACUUAAACACUGGGAGGAGGUUCAAACAGCUAGCCUGGCCCAGCUCUUCUAUAUCUCACUGAUUAUCACCUUAAAAAACCCUUGAGUUUCUUAGCUGGUGUGAGGGAGUUCAGGCAGGACUCUCUCUGCUGAGAUCAGUGACUUCCUGCAGGUUUGUCAUCUGGUUGAGGUUGUCAGAGAGGAAACUGUUGAGUGUUUCAGAACUGAUAUUUCAAAGGUAAAGAAGUCUUUUGAUUCAAUUUUCUUUUGCACCAAGUGUCUGCAUUAAAUAACUGCACUCAGUUUACUGUAGUUGAAAGGAACUCAAAUUCUGAUCUGAUCAGCAGUUUUGUUAACUUCAGACCUAUUUGAUGCGAUCUAUCAAACCUUUUUAUCUCCUUUUUCCUGUCACACUACCCUCUAACCUUCUCACAUUUGCGUCUUUCGGCCAGUUGCCUGUAUAAUUAAACCUCAAAGGGGUCUGGCUCUGGAAAAAAUUCAACACAAAUUUAACCUGAAGAUGCAGUCCCAACUCACAAGAUGGCUGCUCUUACAUAGGGCAAGCUGAAGAUCAGAUGCUGAGCUCCAUUAAGAUCAUGUCUUAAUAAAUAGAAGGAUAAAAGCUGUACUUAAGGGAAGCAGUGUCUCCAUGUUCACACCAUAUGAGAGGGCUGCGGGUAUUUUCUGUAAACUGUCUUUUUAGAGUUGAAACUGUUAGUGGUUCAGAGGGGCACAGGAUAGAAGAGACUUGCAGUACCACGUUACAAUGUUAGUUUUCCUUCCUGUUUGCUUGUGCUUGCUCUCUGUGUGUUCUCAAUCUUUGGCUCUAAAAGUGAAAGCUCUGACAUCAGGACACAGACCUGGUCUGUUUAGACUUAGGGAAAUGAAAUCAUGUUUAAAAACACAUAGCUUACAUUACAUGUAUAGCUAUAAAUGUGGCAUUUGAUGUUUACUUGAAAAUGAUAAAGAAUAUUACUAACCAUUAAAGUCUCACUCUUUUUUUUUUCCUACUUAAAGUGUUCUCAGCGAUCUUUCAAUUAUGAUUAUGAACUUAUUAGCUAAAAUCGUGUUACCUGUGUCAUUUUCAUAGGCUUUUUUUCUGCAGAGCUUCAGUAGCACAUUAGUAAUUCACCUCUGAGUCAUGGGUGAAGACAGUGCUGUUCUGCACACUCCUCUUCACACUAGCUCACAGCCAAACAUUGCAGGUGUGGUAGAAGUGGAACGAAACAUAGGAGCUAUUCAGCUCUCGGAUACUAAUGUCUUUGGGGACAUGAUGAAAGUUAAUAUCAUAAUGAGCUUUCUUAUUAGCAUAACAAUCCACUACUGCACACACUUGUUCCGUGUUUGUCCUCUCUUUUUUUUGAGUCCGGCCUGCAUAGCAAGCUUGGUGAGUGGAACUUGGAUUUGUAACAUAUGAAAGCUCAUUGUGUCUGAGCCUGCGGUUUGGGUCUGCCAGAGAUUCACAGCAAUUUGAAUGCAGAAAUACUCUGCAAUUUUGCACUUAGUUUUCUUAUAUGUCCUCUAGCAUCAGAAAAAUGCCAUAUGAGCUUGUAAGAAAACAAGAAAAACAUGAUUUUCAUUGGAGUGGGUCUUUAAUAUGUUUUCAAGCAUAAGUUAGAGUCCUAAUUAUUUGUGCAUUCAAUCAAAAACUCUGUUAGAUUCAGAGUUUUUAUACUUUUUGGACAAUGAGUGUCUGAAGCAAAUUUGAAGACCAAAAGUUUUGGUGAGGUUCAUUUGCUGGGAACAAGAAUAAUAACGAUUUCAUGACAAACCCAUGAGUUGUUACAAGAUUAAAAAAGGAACUUUGAGGUGAAUCCAGAUUAAAAGUCAGAGGAUCUUUUGAUGUAGGUCUUCUUUCUUUUGGGACCCUGGCAGAGAUGCAUCAGAGGAAAAGUGGGAUUCAGUUUCUAGAGAACAAGAAUAUUUGUGCAGUAUUCUACUCAUAUUUAUAUUUGAAGUUGUGACACUUUAACUUAAUAUCGGUCUUAUUGUGGUGAUAAAAGUUAAAGGAUAACAGCAGUUAAUAGGGUUCAGUCUCUGGGGAACAUAAAUCUCAUGAUGUCCUCCUCUGUAGAUGAAACAUGAGCAGUUCCUGGAUCGCCCUGGUCAUGGUGGCUGCUAUUUUCAUCUCCAUGGUCCUCCUGGCUGCCGUCUGUCUGGACUGCAGAGUCAAAGGCCCUCCUGGUGUGAUAUUUUCUUUACACUCUCCAGUAAUGUGGUUCACAAAUGAUCUGACACUUUUUCUGUCUGUGGUUUUAAACCAGAUGAUGUUUCACUUUUCUUUUGGUCAGUCUGAUGCUUUGAUUGUCAGUUGCUAAUGCAUUAAGAUAGAGCCCCUAUAUUAAUUUAUUUCAGUGAAAAAUGUGAACAUUUAAUUCUGUUCUUUAUCCAUCAGUCUCCAUCAGCCAAGCAGCCACUUCAGAUGUAUACAUCUCGUAAGUUUGUUCUCUCACUCAUCUGAUCUAACCUCAACCUGCUUGAUUUAUAAAGCACAUUUGAACAAUUAUCUUUACCAAAACGCUGCACAAAAAGAUCAAAAAGAGCUAAAAGGAAAAAAUACAGGACAAAUACAACACACAAAACCACAAAAGCCAGUAAAACUACUACAAAAUACAGUUAAAGAAAAAAAAACAUUCAAAAUUAACAUCAGGGGGUGUAACAUUAGGGGCACUUUAUAUGUUUUUCAGCUCGGUACAUGGGACCACAAAAAGCAGUUAGAUUGGCAAAUGUCAAAGACCUCAAGGGACUACAGACUUGGAGGAGGACAGAGAUACUGUGGUGCUAUCCCAUUCAAAGAUUUAAAAACAAAUAACGAGAACUUAUUAUGAAUCCUAAAGUGGAGGGGGUGGGAGUAACGUGUCCUCAUAUUUUUAGUGAAAAAUAUAGACACGCCAGUGAGUGCUGGCUUACACUGACAUAAAGUGCUUUACAGUCGUUCAAAUAAGUAGAAAUAAAAGCAUGUCCAACUUACUUAAAAUCACUAAAAUAGAUUUCAUCUUGGAGAAAAGCCUCAGAUGGUAAAAACAAGAUUAGAUAACAAAGUUGAUCUAUUUGUCCAUUUUGAAAUCACUGUCAAUUUCAACAGCAAGAUAUAAAGCUGUGGGUUUGACAUGCGUUUGCAGGUAGCCCAGGUAUAUAUGAGAGGUCACAGAAAGCUCUAGAUCAAAACACAACAACUUCGGUCUCAUCGCUAAAAAUAAAAAAUUAGGAACAUUUUGAUUGUUUGUUUUGUGUAUCCUCUGCAUGUGGAUGGUGAGAACCACCAUGUUUUUAAAAUCAAACCCAAGAAAAGAAGUGAAGUUCAAGUGACAGUUAUGGAAGGAUCAGAAGAGGGGGAUGAGAUGAAUGUUUCCCACAAAAAAAAUAUGACAGACCUUUGGGAAGCUUGACAACAGUUUGAUUUUUCAGCAUUAACAUUUGAAACAACAGUCUUGAGGAAAAAAAAGGAUUAGUCCAAAACAAGUCUUGUACAUUGUAAAACUUUUACCACAUAAACCUUGGGCUAAAUCUUACAGGUGUUAUGAAUGGAUGACGAAGGUUACAUCAGUUGUUUGUGCUGCUGAUUUUUCUAACAUCUCUUUUCUCUUUCGAAUAGAUCCACUAAUUUUAGAGUGAUCCAUUCAUGUAAGUCCUGAAAUCCUGAAAUGUUAGAAAGAUUGCUUAUGCUUUCAGUCAUGGCUCCCAUCUUUGACUGGUAGAUUAAACUGUUCAUCAUUGGGGGAAAUGGAUCUAUUUUCUCUUUUUAAAAAAGCUUCACAAAAAAAGGUCUUAAACAAAAUAUAUUAACAACACUAAACAUUCUUAAAUUCUUAAAUUAUGUGGCAAAAAAAUGUAAUUGGACCACUGUUGUUAUAUUACAGCCCAGUCGACCACUGGCAUGAAUUCCAUCCACCCUACCCUCAACCAGCUGUCACCUUUGUGAGUAACUUCUGACCAUAAACACCAGAAAGGUUUAUGAGUCUUGGCUACUCAUUUACCUUCAGUUUAGAGAAAUGCAUCUUCAAACAAAGUGUAAACUGAGUCAAAGGUUCAGAAAAGAAUCAAUGACAGAGUAGGAACUCAAAUCAAUUAUGGAGCAAGACCAAAUUGAAAUUUACUUUUUGGCCUUUGUUUAGAAGUCUCAUUUUGCAGCUUUUCAAAGGCACUAUUGGUAAAGUAGAAGUGCUCAUGACAUGUUACAGUUCCUUUUCAAGUGUCAGUCUUUGGGUUCCUGAUAGAUAUUUUUCAUUUUUAUUUUCAUUUUUCGAGCAAAAGUUGCAACUUCAUCCCUCUUAUAACUCCGUUUGAAUUGUUGCAACAUAUUUAAUCUGAAUUAAUUUAUUUUAGGUGAACCAAAUGUAUAAAAAAAACAAUAUAUGCAAAGGACAAAGCAUUCUUAAUCUUGCGUACUCAAGAACAACUGUCUCCAAAAUGUCUUAGUGUUUGACUACAAUAAAGGAGUAAAUGUAUUAACAGUGAUCAAUAUGAUCCAGGUUGAAGUUCUACUUUUAUUCUUUAUAAAGAUGGAAACAAAAAUGGCAGCAGAUAGAAUUACUACAUCAGGAAUUCCAUUCAGAGGGAAAGUCUAACCUGUUAUCUUUAUGUUCCUUUAAAUUUAGCCCGCCUCAAACUGAUUCUGGAAGUCAGCGAAGAAAAACAUCUUUCACUCCAACAGAAACUGGUGAGAUUUUUCUGCAUUUUGUGAGAAAUAUAUCUUUAUUUUCAAAGCCAUGUGAUGAACCUCUGACACACAUAUAUCAUAUCUGUCUUUCCCACAGAGAGUAACCCAAGCUAUGAGAAUCAAGCAGACGGUAAGAUCAAGUUUAGUUCGACUCAAUGACAAACAGAAAGCCAAGUCUUGGUUCAGUAAAAAGUGCUUCCUGUAGCGUUUCCUGUUUUUUGGACUCACAGAUCUUGAUAAGGGACUUGAAAUAAACUCCAUCUAUGACUGUUUUGCCACAACAAAGGUCUCGUUGGUUUUGACCUUGACCUUACUCCAACUUUCAACUGUUGAUUGGACAACUACUGACACAAAACUGACAGAUCCAGGUUUUGACUCAUCUGGACCAAUUACUUGAAGGUCUUGACUUGGAAUCAGUUAUUUGGUCUCAAAUUUUGACUUGUAUUUCAUAGGGCUCAUGGGGAGAAUCGUUUUGGGACUUGUUGACAUUGACGUUGUGAUUAAUGGACUCAGCUUGAGACUUGAGGGUUUUGGCAGCUAACUUUUUGUCAUGAACUUGUUCGUCUUGAAUAGGGUCCUGCAGGCUCUGUGACCUGUUGGCUCUGGGAUCAACUGGCCUUCAGUUUAGAUUAUAUGACACAGCAUUUCUUUACCUAAUAUUGGGACUAAAUAACACAGUUUGGACAUGCUCACCUUGACAUUGUAUUUGAUGGACUUAGCUUGGGACUUGGUGGAUUUGGGAAUAUUGUCUGUGAUUUGGAAUUGUUUAGAUUGACAUGAGACAUGAGGAACAGGUCAGAUUGUUGGGCAUACAGUACAACUUAUUGGCAUGGACUUUUGACCUGUUUUUGGGACCUGUUCUUUAGACUUGUAUGUUUAAAGAUUGGACUAGUAGGACAUGAAGCCGCCUCCUGGUAGGAACUUUGGAGAAGAGACCUGAAUUUUCAUCCCCUCAUAUGGAGUCGAUGGACUCAACUUUGACAGCAUCAACGUGAGAGUUGUUGGUAUCAGCCUGUGACUUGUGAGAGUUGAUUUGAGACUUGAUGACCUCACUUGCCUUUACUUUUGGGGUUGACACAGGAUUUUAACCUUGUUCACCCAGGACUUUAUUUUUGACUUACAUAUAGACUUGUUAACCUUGAUUUGAAAGUUGACAGAUCAAGCAUGAACUUGUUUGGCUUGUGACUUGGACUUGUUCCUUCCUCAACCUUUUUUGAGUUAUUGCUGGUUUUACAUGAUGGAAUCUGGCUCAGUGUAAGCAGCAAACCAAAGACAGUCUGUAGUUUACUCUGACCUGUACUGCUGAAUGUCAUUGGGAUGUCAGUGUGACCUGAUGUCCUGUUUCUUACAGUGUCUGAUUACAUAAAUGCGGACAGUGACCAAGAAGAUCAUGGAUACAUGUAGGUUUGUCCUUUCAGACACUGUUGACAUGGUUUUCCUUCUAAAACCUAACAGUAAUCUGAUAACCUCUUCUUUGAUUUCUACAGAGUUGUGCUGCCUGAUGGUCCGACCAAUCCAAGCCGAGCUUCAACGCCAAGUUCAGGUACAGAAUGACAAAAGGAAAUUUGAAGCACAGUGUGGGUUUUUUUUAAUCUUUCCCAACUCUUUAAAAGGAAUUGUGGGUUUUAACAACUAAUCAGCUGCUUGUUUCACAACAGAUGUCCAGCAUGAUUAUGAGAAUUUCCCAAAGACAGGUGGUGAGGGGACUUUCAUUGUUUUUAAAAUUCAAUUUCUAGAUUAAACAUUUUUUUCCAUGUUUUAACAUAUUUUUCAGCCACCAAAACCAAAAUUCAACAACUACUAAAAGCACAGUAUGGUUUCUGUGUUCUUGUUUUUUCUUCAGAGGAUAGAGACUAUCUUAAUGUGGAGCCUCUGAACUUUGAACGUGAGUUGGAUUUUUAGUGUUUAUUUUUAUGUCAUGUGACACUGAGCUCUUCCUCACUCUAUGCUGUUUCUCACAGGAAGCUUGAUGAACUCCUCUAUGUUUAUGAGGGUUUUAGACUAAGGAUGUAAGAACAUAAUUCAGUGCAAAGCAAUGGUCUAAAGAUACUUCUCACAGUCCCUAGAGAGUCCUCUAAAUAUGGAUGUAAAGAUACUAAUCAAAGAAUUAAAUGAUGUUCCUCAGAGUGUUAUGUAGAGAUGAGUUCAAGCAGCAACUAUGUCAAUCAAGCACCUAUAGGCUGUGCUAGGACCUGGUUGGAAGUUUAAUGUAAAACUGUUGUUGUGGUGUAAGACUGAGAAUACAUAUUGGAAGGCACUCACUGAAAUGGUAAACAUGCAGCAUGCUGUCCCUAAACUGUCCUGCCAUACAAGGGCAGCUGUAGCUCAGUAGUCGAGUCAGUGGUCUCUCCCCUUUAAACAGGCAGAAAUAUUAGAGCCAGAGUCAUUGAUAGACAGCCUUCUCCUUCAACUUACAGACCACUUUACUGCAUACACUAAAUCUCCCCCUUUAUUAAAGGCAUGGUUGAGGAUCUGAGAAGCAGUUGAAAAAAACUGAGCUGUUGAGGCAGAUUCAAAAAAAGCAUCCCACCCCCAGUUAACUUAUAGAUAUAAAUCUGCUCAUGCGUCCCAGAGAAUGAUUCUUGGAACUGGUCCCUGACACCACUGACUAGCUUAGCUGAUGCUUCAUAGUCAGCGUCUUUGAGUCUGUGAAAAGCGCUUUACAAAUAAAAUGUAUUAUUAUUAUUAUUAUAUUUCAUGUUUUUUUCCAGGAUCAACACCAGACUUGUCAGCUAAGAGCUGCAGCAGCAGCAGCAGCAGUGAUGAUGAGGAGGAUGAAGGGAACUAUGUCAAUCAGCCUCCUGUGAGUUUAAAACAGAGCUUCUAAAAGAUGUUUCAAGCUUUAAUGUGAUCAAGCUGUUGAUCCAAAAUUUUCCCACCUUUUCAGAUGCAUUGCAGCCCAGUGCAUGAUGGGGCACAGACUGAGCAGCUGCAGUGAGCUUUUAUUCUGCCAUCAACAUUUUUCUUCUUGAUCCCCUGCAAAAAGAUGAUGAUAGUGACUCUCCCACAAACUCUGUUUUUCCUCGGUUCUUGAAGUCCAGUCCACAGAAAUUGUUCGUCUGUUUAGUUUGAUCAGGUCUCUGACUGAAACAGUUAAAACUCUUAAUGGAGGUGGAAUAUUUAGACAUGCUAGGCUCAUUCAUGAAACAUAAGCAGAGUGAAUUUUUGUGUAAACUGCAAGUAGAAUGAAAUUUACAGGCAAACUCUCAUUUAACAAUCUUUUAGUAGUUAAGAUUUCUUCGUAGCUUCUUACGAAAUCUAUAGCUGCUCCUGACCAGGAGUACAAUGUGUGCACAUGGAGAAUUCACAGAAAUAUUGGCUAAUUAUUAUCAGAAUCUCUAGUUUAAUUCAAAUUGGGAUCUAUUAUGGUCACAAUAGGCAGAUACCUUUCAAACAUCAUUUAAAUAUGUCAAAAAUAAAUCAGUCAUUUAACACAGUUAUUUGGCAUAUAACUGUGUUAAAUGACUAUAUACAUACAGUAUAUAUAUAUAUAUAUAUAUAAACAUACACACACACACACACACACACACACACACAUAUAUAUAUAUAUAUAUAUAUAUACAUACAUACAUACACAAACAUAUAUAUAAAUACACAAAUAUACACACACACAGAUAUAUAUAUAUAAUUUUUUUUUGGUGGGACUGUUGGGACUGGGAUGAAGAAGUGAGAGACAGCUGGUUUAUCAGUAAGAACAUGAACCUGUUCACAUACUUGCUUGUUUACAGAACCCUCAGGUGACAGAUCUAGGAAAAAGCCAUGUGCUGAUUCUUGCACAUGCAUUCGUAUCCGUGCACAUGGAUUAUCCAUACUCACAGAUUUAAAUUUAAUUGUUAUUUUAUUACUUUGGCACUUCAGGGGUCCGUCCUUGUGUUUCAACUAGAGGUCUAUCCUGUCAAUAAGGUACUGUAUAGGCUGUUGCCUAUGACUCGGCUAACCCACCAUCCAACAUGGUAGAUGGUUUAUAAUGACACCCAGUCCAGGCUCAGUCUCAGUCUGUUCAGUCUGUAUCAAUAAUGAUCUGAAAGAGAGAGUUGCUGCACCACUAACAGGAGAAGAUAAAAGGUCCACUUCACCAAAAAUAACUUCCUUUCCUGUGAUCCUUGUCAGUGUCUGUUCAUGGGCAGAGAUUUGUUAUGACGAGUGGCUGCCGGGACCUGUCACUUUAUUAUUGAUUGGCAUCCAUGAACUUGCUUGAGCUUACUCAAGUGUUCAUGAUCAAACUCAGUGUUUCUACAGCGUUCAUAAAACCAGAAACUUUUUUAGUUCAGGCGAUGUUUACGUGUAAAUCUAAACAUUAAUUUAAUAACAUUUCAUGAAUGAGAGCCACUGCUUUUAGCCACUGCUUUUAGCUAAAUUAAAUUAGGAGCCAAAUGUGCUUUACAAUUCUACAACCACAAUCUGGUUUUCACCAAAUCAGUGAGACAUCUUUAAUAUUCUUGAUUGUAUCUGCAAGAAAUACUUAAUUGUAAAAAAAAAAAUUUAAACAUAAAAAACAUUAUCACUGUCUACAGAUUCCACCUGUAACUCAGGAAACACUCUGUUAUUGAAAUCCAUAACUGUCAUAUCAAUAACCAGGAGCAGGUCAGCAAACAGUCUUUACUGAUGUUCACAACCAUGAUCUUAAAAAUGAGUGAAAAUCAUUUGAUUUUUUUGUUCUUUUUGGUUUCUUUCACCCGUCAACCCUUUCCUCCAGUGUCUUUUAAUCAUGUUACCACGCUUGACUUUGAUUUUACUGACAACUCCUGAGAAUGUCUACAUUUACUGUUAUUAUAUGUGUAAUCCAUGUGUGUGUUAUUACAGUUGUCUCUGUAAUCUGCCUGCAUGUUUUUGUUACUAUUUUGUUACGAAUUAAAGGGUAACAGAACUUGAUCCUCUCCAAGAUUUUAUUGCACUUCUUUUACUUUUGUGUGAGCUGCUGAUUCUUCAAGUGAAAAAUAAGUCAAAUCACUUCCUUUACUUCUUGUAGAUCAACGGAGGCCUUCUAGGCCAUGAGCCAGGGGGGUUGGUCGGUAUCAACUGAGGGGAAUAAUGCUCAUAGUGAUUUUUGACAUUACAUGUAUAGAGUUAGAAAAUAUGUGAUAGCAUUGCAGCAGUGGUAGCUAAAUGGGUGCUAUCAUGCAUUUUAUUUUAUAACACUAGGCGAAAAUUACAUGGGUCAAUAUAUGAAAACAUACAACUUAACCCCCCAAAAAACCUAUAGAAAGGGUUUCAUUUUACCAUAAAUCAUUUCUAUAAGGUUUCUAGACUAACAUAAGUCCUAUGAAAUCCUAGUUGGAAAAGUAUGUUAAUUUCGCCAGACAACAAUACGCGAAUGAGCUCAAAACUCAUUAAAAUUUGCCCAAAAUACUCCUUUUCCCCUGAACUAUUAUCACAGUGAAAGCACAUUGAAAGCGGGUGAUGGCAAUGCUGCUUUUGGACUGGCCUCUAACCUGAAAACUGCCCGGAUUGGUUGCACCUACCAGGGGUAUAACCCCAGCCGGUGUAGUCUUCAGGGUCACUGAGGCACACAAGCCUCCCCACCACGACAAGGUAGCAACAAAAGGGGAGGGUGUUUUUUUUUUUUCUUUUUUUUUUUGGUAUGUUUAUUUUUGCCUGGAUCCUCGCCACCUUCUCUACAUGUCAGUUCCUGGCUUGUUCUUUGCUUUGUUCUGGGACAGAGUUAAACCAAGAAAGGUGGAUUUUGGUGUAUAUCUCUGUUUGCCAUUCAGGAAUAGUGUAGGCCUGAAUCUCUCCAAUUCUCAAUUAUACAGAUCAUACUUUUGACUACUAUACGUCCACAACCUAAUAAUCAAAAUCAUUUUCAUCAACUUCUUCCAUGUCUUCUUCAUCUGAACUUUCCACACUGUGUGAGGUGGAUGCUUGGUUCUCACAGUCUGCCAGUCUACACAUGUCAGUACACUUGAGGCCAUUUGCAAUACAGACACAUUUUGGGAGUGAACAUUUCUUUGGACAGUUACAGGCCAGUAGAUCCAGGACUGCAUCAGGUUCUGGCUGGCCAUCCAUCCAGUGUACCACCAACUGUUCAGAUUCACCUUCUGUCUCCAUUUUCCACCCUCUGCCAACAGGGCUUGGCUAAUGUGGGUAUUGCUGCAGGCAUCUUCUCCAUAUACCAGCCUGGUAAUUUGCUCGAUGUGCAUGUUUCGUUAAACAGUCCUUGCAAGGUGGGAGUUGAUGACUUUCAAUUUCACCUUUUUUGGCACAGAAAAGGUGAUACCUGAGCUCAUUGAUCUUGAUGGUUGGUGCUUUUGGCGCAUACAUGAGACAUGUAAAUGCAUGCAUGUAAAUCCAUUUAGACUGACUCAGGCCAGGUGUGAGUGUGACAACUUAAAUCACAGCAGGAAUACAGUAGAAAUAUGUAGCCUAUGCAUUACUUACCAUGUUUUAUGUAUUAAAAUGUUUAGGUUGUGUACAAAUUAAACCUUUGUGUUACAUCUUUCAUGAAAACGGAAGACAUAUAUU